AUGAAACUAACCGAUGAUCAACACUCAGGAUCCAUAAGCAGAUCUAUGGAAAAAUUAAAUAUGCCUGAUACAGAGAAUGAAUGUGGCGAUUUACCACAAAAGCUGCAAAGUGCUAGGAUUAAUAGUUUAUGGGAUUAUGAAGACAUUUUGGAAAUACUGGGUUUUGGCAAAACCCAAUGGUUACUUUUACUAAUUAGUGGCCUUUUAACUAUGACUUCAAUGGCUGCCGUAUUGUCGGUGGGUAUAAUAGGCAUAGCAUCACAGUGUGAAUUUGAUAUUUCACAGAAAGAAAGGGGUAUAAUGAUGGCAGCUUGUGUAACAGGUAUAGUUCUGUCCACCUACAUCUGGGGCUGUAUGAGUGAUGUCUUGGGUAGACGUACGGUUUUAAUAUGGUCCAUGUUCAUUUCGAACAUUUUACAAUUUGUAUCAAUGUUUGUAACUAAUAUAUGGCUAUAUAAUGUCAUUAAUCUCAUUAUGGGAAUCAGUUUAGGUGGCAUAUUAGGCGCUAUGUAUCCCUAUCUCAGUGAAUUCAACACAGCUAAAUAUAGAGCUAUAGUCAUAAAUUAUUCUACCAUGUUUGUUAGUGUAACAGUUAUGUAUGUACCAGCCAUUUCCUGGUUAGUGCUCUCCUACAAUUGGUCAUUUGAAAUAACUGAAUCAUUUACCUUUAGACCCUGGCGUUUGAUCAUACUCUUUAGUAUGCUGCCUGGUUUUAUUGGCGCUCUAAUGUUGCUACCGUUUCCCGAAAGUCCCAAGCUUUUGUUGGCCCAUGACAAGCAAGAAGAAGCUUUGAAGGCUCUUUAUUGGAUUUCAAAAUUCAAUUGCGGUAAAAAUCUGGAUACUGUUCUAAAAACUUCUGAAAUUUAUUUAAAACCAGUAGAAUUGGCUGAUGUUCAUCUACUUCAAAUGGGUACUGGUUUCACCGUACUCUCCAAUAUUUGGAAAGCAACGGUGCCCUUAUUUUACAAACCUCAUGGUACGAAUGUAAUAAUUGCUGUUAUAGCCCUUUUAAGCAUAAUGUUUUGUUCAAGUGGCAUGCAAGUAUGGUUUCCCGAAAUAGUCAAUCGCUUAGCUGGUGGUUCAGUGUGGGGAAAUAGUUCCACGCUGUGUGAAAUUUUAGAUGAAUCAUAUCGUGGUGAUCAUUUGAAUGUAACAAAUGAAGAGGGUGUAAUAAGUGAUAUAUGUGAUGAUACCAUCUCCACUAAAACCUACAUCAAUAAUAUGAUUCUGGGUUUGGUCUUUCUUAUAGGAUUCUCCCUACAAGGGCUGUUGCUAAGACCUGUGGGUAGGAAAAAUCUUUUAAUUGGUAACUUGGCUGUUGGGGCUUUAUGUGGAAUUUUGUUGCAUGUUGUCUCUAACUCAACAAUAAUAUUAAUACUACUUUGUUUAUCGAUUUUGCUGCCGGGUUUGGCAGUGUCAAUUAUGUGUGGCGGCAUAGUCGAUUUAGUGCCAACACAUUUCAGAGGUAAAACCGUCAGUUUGGGUUUCACUUUGGGUCGUAUAGGCACUAUAGUGGCCACAAAUUUAAUAGCUGUCAUGUUGGAGCCCUAUUGUGCGGGUAUUUUUGGCAUAAUUACCUGUGUACUUAUUGUUUGUGUUGGCAUCGUUUACUAUUUGCCGAUUUAG